UCUUAGCCUAGCUAGCUGCCUUUAGCUUUCCGUGGAGCCCAGCGCUUGAAGCUAGCUCUAUGGCUACAUCGAGCUACCCACUCUUGUCCGACAGACACCGUACACACACACUGCUUGACAUCUGGUUCAAUAACGAGUUCAUAAGCCAUAGGUUAUUCAUUUUAGAUGAAUUCUGCGCACAGGCCUGUCGUGGGACCUGCCAGUUAGUGUUAGCUAGCGCUUGUUCACCAUGUCAGGAGUUUGUGUUUGUUUACGUGUGGGCAGCCUAUGUAACUAGUCGUAUUUCUUUAUUGAUUCUUCUUUGUUUAUUUGUUGAAUUAAAUCGAGCAAUGUGGGGCUAGUUGCCAGAUACGCUUUUAUACGUUUGAAACACCAAUUUUAACUAAAAUAAUUAGUGUUUGGUGUAAUAGUGGUGUAACACAGAAUGCAACAUAACCCUUGUAAGUUGGUCAGGGAAAAGAGGAGGAAAACCUAAAUACCUGAUAGAAAUCCCUGUGAAUAAACAUUGCUCUCUUGUCUUCUCUUUCUUUUUGUAGAUGGAUCAAGUGAUUUAUUCGUUACUCGCUUCUAAAGAUUUUCAUUAAAUUUCACUUAAUUUUAAUUAGCAGCAUGUCCUCACAGCUCAAGUUUGGCACAUACUGUCUGUACUGUAUUAGUGUCACACUAGGAGGGCGUUACUUACAGGAAUUAUUUGUCAUUUAAACAACAACAUUUGCUGGUUGGUUCUGAAACUGUUUCCCUCUCAGUCAUACACACUGUUUGCACAUUGACCUUUGGAAAGCAGUAGCUGAGGCUUGCCAUCUCUGUGUCAAGUAUGUGAUGUCAACAUUAAUGUAACCAUGGGACACGGAGUAGGCUGAGUCAGAAGGUCUAGCAGCAGAGCAGUUAGGAACCAUGGGACAUGGAGUAGGCUAAGUCCGAAGGUCUAGCAGCACAGCAGUGUUUGACAUGGCCACGUUCUUAUCGAGAGCAGAGUCUAGCCAUAACCACAGAGGGGCAUCGCCGCUCCAUGCCAUCGUUUCCUGUGCCAAAAUCAAGAGGAAGAAGAGCCUGUUUGGGGCGGCCAUUUAUGUGGAGGUGACAGCAGAUGAGGAGUCCCGCCGCACAUCCAAGUCUCACAGCUCCACCAAUCCUAAAUGGGACGAGAGACUUACCCUGAAUGUAACACCGUGCACACAGUUAGAUUUCAAGGUAUGGAGUCACCACACCCUGAAAGCAGAUGCCUUGCUGGGAAGAGCCACUCUGGACCUAAUACAAGCAUUGGAGCGGCAUGACAGGAAAUUGGAGAAUGUUAAGGAGGUGCUAAAGCUGAGUGUGGAGCAGAAGGGAGCUGCGGUACCCACAGGGGAGCUGACUGUCUACCUAGAUGGGCUGACUAUCACUGAACAGGAUGAACUGGCACCACUGACUAAUGGAAAUGCAGCAAAUGGCAACAAGCUCCAACAAAAUGGCAAUGCCACCCAUGAAAAUGGAGACUCAUCCUCCUCUUCCUCAAGGGCAGCCAACAGCACAGUUAAUGGUGCAGAAUUGGGCCCAAGAUCAGGUUCCUGUUCCACCUCCAGUGGCACGGAUGGUCAGUUACCUUCUAGCUCCUGCAGCCCUGCCCUUGGUCACGUUGUCAAUGGAGACACCACAGCCAACUCCACCCCUGUUCGUCAACCCUCAGACAGCGACACGGAGAGCAGGACAGUCAAUGGAGAAACGUGUGAGGCUGACCUGCGGCCGUCAUCUGCUACAACAAGUGAUGCUCUGCCCCCUAGUGAUAACCACGAGGACUACAGUCAAGUGUCUGCUCUUCCAGACCCUGGCACAGCACCAAAUGGCACAUCUCAAACCCUGGCAUCCUCCACUCAGGCCCCAGUCUCCUCUUCUGCUGCUAAGCCCAAUGAUUCUGCCGGUGCUUCUUCCACAUUUACCUCCCCAUCACAAGGGGCUACCACCGUGAUCACCAACUCCUCAUCUUCCUCCUCCUCCUCUCCAGCACUGGGAGAAGUGAAUGCUUCAGGAACAGGUGGUGGUAGCAGUAGCAACAGUGCAACUGUAACUACAGAUGGGGCAAAGCCAAGACAGCAGGUCCCCAGUGCUGGGUCUUCAGAUCCUCUGCCACCAGGGUGGGAGCAAAGAAAAGACCCUCAUGGUAGAACUUACUAUGUAGACCACAACACCAGGACUACUACAUGGGAAAGACCACAGCCACUACCACCAGGUUGGGAGCGCAGAGUGGAUGACCGGGGACGGAUCUAUUAUGUGGACCACAACACCCGUACUACCACGUGGCAGCGUCCAACUAUGGAAUCAGUCCGCAACUUUGAGCAGUGGCAGAGCCAGCGCAGCCAGCUACAGGGAGCUAUGCACCAGUUUAACCAGAGAUACCUCUACUCUGCAUCGAUGAUGUCGGCUGAAAAUGAUCCUCUUGGCCCAUUACCUCCUGGUUGGGAGAGGCGUGUGGACUCCAAUGACCGGGUCUAUUUUGUCAACCAUAACACCAAGACAACGCAGUGGGAAGACCCUCGGACCCAAGGGCUACAGAAUGAGGAUCCUCUGCCUGAAGGUUGGGAGAUCCGGUACACGAGAGAAGGAGUUCGUUACUUUGUGGAUCAUAACACCCGCACCACCACCUUCAAUGACCCCCGUACUGGAAAGUCCUCUGUCACCAAAGGCCCUCAGAUCGCUUAUGAGCGCAGCUUCAGAUGGAAGCUCGCCCAUUUCCGUUAUUUGUGUCAGUCUAAUGCGCUCCCUAGCCAUGUGAAAAUCACAGUCUCCAGACAGACAUUAUUUGAAGACUCUUUCCAACAAAUUAUGGCCCUGAAGCCUUAUGACCUGAGGAGAAGACUGUAUGUCAUCUUUAGAGGCGAGGAAGGUCUUGACUAUGGCGGAUUAGCUCGAGAAUGGUUCUUCUUGUUGUCCCAUGAAGUGCUGAAUCCCAUGUACUGUCUGUUUGAGUAUGCCGGAAAGAGUAACUACUGCCUGCAGAUCAACCCGGCAUCUGCCAUCAACCCAGACCACCUCUCCUACUUCUGCUUCAUAGGGCGCUUCAUUGCAAUGGCACUUUUCCACGGCAAGUUUAUUGACACAGGCUUUUCUCUGCCUUUUUACAAACGCAUGCUAAACAAGAAGCUAAUCCUGAAAGAUCUCGAAUCCAUUGACCCAGAAUUCUACAACUCACUCAUUUGGAUCAGAGACAACAACAUUGAAGAAUGUGCUCUUGAGAUGUACUUCUCUGUGGAUAUGGAGAUACUGGGGAAAAUUACAUCUCAUGACCUCAAACCUGAUGGCGCCAAUGUCCUAGUGACUGAGGAGAACAAGGAGGAGUAUAUCAGUCUAAUGGCAGAAUGGAGGUUCUCCCGCGGGGUAGAGGGUCAGACCAAAGCUUUUCUGGAUGGCUUCAAUGAGGUUGUUCCGCUUCAGUGGCUCCAGUAUUUUGAUGAAAAGGAGUUGGAGGUGAUGCUGUGUGGUAUGCAGGAGGUCGACCUGCAGGACUGGCAGAGGAACACCGUGUAUCGCCACUAUACUAGGAACAGCAAACAGAUCAUCUGGUUCUGGCAGCUGGUAAAAGAAGUGGACAAUGAAGUGCGGUUGCGACUCAUGCAGUUUGUUACUGGGACCUGCCGGCUUCCUCUGGGUGGAUUUGCUGAGCUCAUGGGAAGUAACGGACCCCAGAAGUUCUGCAUUGAGAAGGUGGGGAAGGACACGUGGCUUCCUCGGAGCCACACCUGUUUUAACCGUCUGGACCUGCCUCCCUACAAAAGCUACGAACAGCUGAAGGAGAAGCUGCUCUUUGCCAUCGAGGAAACUGAAGGAUUUGGACAGGAGUAGAGGGAGGGGAUGCGCUCGUAUUUUCUCUCCCUCCCGCUAUUUUUUUCCAGCCAAGUUAAAUAAACAAAAAACAAAUUGCACAAGAUUAACCACCAAUGUAUAUAAGCUAUUUUGUCAUCCUAAACCAAAUCUUACUUUGCAGCAGUUUCCUUCUCUAGCCCAUUACACAAUGCCCUAUCAUGAAAUAUGCAAGCAUUUGUAUUUGUCUGUUUAAAACAGCAGUCAUGAAUAUUUAAAAAAGUAAUUCCUCCUCACUGCUGACUGGCUUUUUAAAAACCAGCCUUAAAGUGCUUUUGAGAGGAUUUUAUAGCUGAAGCUCAAUCUUCUUUUAAAGCUCUAGUUCUAUAGAGCUUUUAAAAGGCAAAGGUAGUUUUGGGAUCUGGUGCCUGAUUCUGAUUUUUCUUUCCGUCAUUGGACUCUAAUUAUUUCAGUUCUCGUACACUUGCAUGGCUGCCUCCGAAGAAGAGCAGACUACUGUGGCCCCCCUUCAACACAGACAUUUGCAUGGAUCUGUCUCUAAAUGGCCUUUUUUUUUUAAAGCAUCCCCAUAAAAAGCUUUGAUGGACUGUUCUAAGGAAGGUGAAGCUCUCUAUACACACAUUUUAUUUGCAUCAAUGAGACUGUGGGUUGGAUACGGAAAGAAGAACUGUCAGAUAAAACUGGUGUCAAUGGCUGGAGGACAGUAUCAGAAGGGAUCGUAGUGAGUAUGGGUGAGGACUCCUGAGGUUAAAGCCAAAGACACUGGACAUGUGCUGAGUCACACACUCAACAUGUUAAAGCAUUUAAACACAAAAACUUGUCUCUAAUGUCUGAUUUUGUUUUUUUUUGAGUACGUCAGAUUUGAAAAUGGCUUGACUUUAUAAAAGCCACAAGUGAUGACUUAAACACAAUUCUCGGCUCAUGUUCAGUGUUUUGGGAAUGAAAUGCUGUGAAUCGGUAAAGGAAGGCUAUUAACUUAAUUCACAUAGAAAUGACAAGGCUCCGUUGACGACAUACUAACAAGCCACAGGGACUGACAGCAAGUACACCUCACCACUGUUUCCUGGUUUCUCUUCAGCUGCUUCAGAGCCACUCUUUGGGUUUUUUGUUGUUCAGUCACACCUGACUGUUGUUUCUAGACGACAACUCUGGUGCUUAUUCUUUCAGUCAGUGGUCUUAAGGCAGGCAACAUGUUUUUGAAGUGGCAUCAGCGGGGCUCUUUUAGUUUUCUCCAACUUUUUUAAAGUCCACUGUGAACGGUAGGGAGCUGCUUUGGACAUUUCUUUUCUUAGGAGCUUGUGAAUAGUCAAGUUACCACUUCCCCUGGAAUAGACCGGAGGAAGCAACUAUAUGAAGAGAAGAAACCUUUAUCGCAGCAAAAGGAGCAGAUGUUGAAGUCACAGCUGCAGAACUUCAUUCUGCCUUUUGCAUAGACAUGUGUAAUUAGAAAAUCAAGUGUAUGUGAAUAUUCAUUGUGUAAAGAUAAUGAAAAUAAUAGAGAACUUAAAUAUAAUGAACUCAACAAAGCCGCCACUCCAUUAAUGGAAAUCUGUGAUGCCUUGGUUCUUAUCAGAAGUAGUUUGAGCGUUUCCGGUUGCCUUUAUCGUAUCGUCUCCAAUAACAGCUGACUGUUGAUACUGCAGAGAGGAGUGUGUCUAGUGCGGCGGUGUGGGCAUCUGAAGCGCCUCCAAACUGUAACAUAUCACAUGUAGAUACACUGUAAACACCAACUACGCUGUACAGAAUGGCCCUUUACCAGAAACCAUGUGUAUAGAAGAUUCAUUUUUAUCUGCUUUCACCCAUUUUAAUUGAAGAGAGAUGGCUUUAUGAGAAAAAUAAAUGUGAAUAAACUCC